AUGGCUCCGCUCCCCGCCUCUCGCGUGGUCUCGGUCGACCCUAGCCUUCUAGUCUCUGGCUCUCACUUCGGCCUUGGUUCUCGCUGGCUGAUCCUUGUUUUGAUCUUCGUCGGGGCUCUUGUCAUUUUCGGCUGGUCGCUGGCUGUCAUUCAAGUGAUGCGAUAUUGCCGCGAAGUCUCUACGGCUGGCGAGGCAGAGGUCAAGGACCCCGAGGCUGCGUCCGUCGAUGAACAUAAAGCAAGCGCCAGCAUUGGCGCCCCGGGUCUGGAUGUAUAUGCUCCACUCAACUCUAUUCUCGGGGAAGAGACAAGCGAUUGUUGGCCUGCCGCGGCUGGGCUUGAUCUUCCAGUGCGGCUCGACCCACACCCGCAAGAUGAUGUCGUUUCCGCUCCUGACGCUGUCCAGUACGAAGACCUGUACCUGGCUACGCAGCUCAGCUUCUCGUCCAUAGCUGACACCUUCCAGUCUGCUUAUGAACCUCCUCGUGCACGCUCUAUCGCCGACUCGUGGUCCACCGUCUCGCGCACAUUCAACGUAUCUCCGUCUUCGAGCAGCAUCUAUUCGGCCGAGUCCUGUCCUAGUCUCGACAGCAUGCUCUUCGACGCACUCAACUCUGGCGACGACGAAGCGUGUAUCGUUGCCGCGAAGGCGAGGCUGACGUGCGACGUCUGGGACGAUCUGGAGGCUGACAUGUCCAUGUCAUCGGAGUGCUCUUCGCGCUCAUCGUCUCCUACAUCUACUCCUGCGCUCAGCGACGCGGAUACCGAGUCUGUCUUCUCGACAGACUCCUCAUCGGUAUGCUUGAUGGACUCUCCUUCGGCAUGGAUGCCGGACGCUCCGUCGGUGUACUCCGCGGAGAGCGUCAAGACGGAAGUGCCGUACCUCGAUCUCCUGCUCUCGUUGGCUCUGCCAUCUGACCUGCGUGUUCCGCCUGUCGGGGUCAAGACUAUGGAGCCCGAGCCUGUGUUCAGCUCAAGCGUUUCGGUCCUGCACUAUGGCUCUCUCGACGACUUUGGUGCUGUUGGACUGGCAUUCUAG